AGUGCGGGUAACGAAAAACCUGGAAAUAAAUAAGAUUAAUAAUAAUUGAUAAAAGAGUCCUUCUUAAUUAUUAAUUACGAUAGAAUUCAUUACAGGAAAAACUUGAAUAAUUCAUUUUUCAUUGUUAAAAUUGUUUUCAUCUGUUUAUACAGUGACUAUCGUACUAUUGCUUUUUCAACUUGAUCCGUUUUGUACUCAAAGUUGAUUCGAAAUGGCAAACACCAUGUUCGGAAUGGAUUGAGGUGUUAUAUGGAAUGUGGUCAUCAAAUUUCAAGAGAUUAGGAAUAAAUCUUCAAUUGUCCAGUUGUUUGAGAAACGUGAGCGAAAGCGAAGAAUUAUUGUUGUCAACCAGCGAAAUGGCUCGAGAACCUGUUUAUUUGAAUGUGUACGAUAUGUAUUGGAUCAACGAAUAUACAACACCAAUAGGAUUAGGCGUUUAUCAUUCCGGUGUUGAAGUCUACGGCGUUGAAUACGCUUAUGGAGGACACCCUCUACCCUGUUCUGGUAUAUUUUCAAUCACACCUAAAGAUGUUUGCGAACUUGGCGCGCAAUUUCAGUUUAGAGAAACUAUUUUAAUUGGUUAUACUGAUUUCGCCGAAGAAGAUGUGAAAAGAAUAUUAGUCGAAUUGGGUAAAGAAUACAGAGGCGAUCGAUAUCAUUUGAUGAAUCAGAACUGUAAUCAUUUUUCCGGAGCUUUAACGCAGAUACUGAGUGGACAAGAAAUACCAUCAUGGGUGAAUAGAUUAGCUUAUUUCAGUUCCUGUGUUCCAUUUCUUCAGAGGUGCUUGCCUCGUGAUUGGUUUACGCCAUCAGCUUUACAGCAGUCCAUUAAUCAACAUAAACCGGAAUCAUCCGGAACGUCUUAAUCUAAGAACAUUUUCGCAUUUUCCUCUGUGUACGUUACAGUAAUGUUUGUAUGUAUUAUUGAAUUAUUUUUCGCUUACCUACCUGUAAUUAAGUACCUAUAUACGUUUUGUAAAUCUUUUGUAUAUACAGCUUUCUAUUAUUAUUAUUUUUUGAAGAUUUCUUUUUUUUUUUUUAGUCUAUAUAUGAGACUCGUUCAUUGCGCGUAUUUUUCUCAAUUUUAUAAUUCUAAUGUUAAGUUACAGUUUGUUAUAGAACAUUUAUAUUAAUUAAAUCAACGAAAUAUAUUUUUCAUUAUUUUAUCAACUCA